UAAAAGUAUUCCGGGUGGCUCUGGGAGGUUUUCCUGCAGCCAGUCUUGAUCCACAUCUGAGCAGAAGUCAGACUGCGGCACCAUGGCUUUUGUCCCAGCACCCGGUUACAUGCCCACCUUCAACCCGCCCCUCCCUCAUACCCAGCCCGUCCCUGGUGGGCUCCACCCCGGCAUGUCCAUAUAUGUACAAGGGAUGGUUCCACACCAUACCAAGAGAUUCAGCCUGAACUUUGUCUGUGGCAUGAACGACGGGGCUGACAUUGCCCUGCACUUCAACCCCCGCUUUGAUGGCAAAGACAAGAUUGUCUUGAACAGCUUCCAAGGGGGCAAGUGGGGCAAGGAGGAACACCAUAGCAUGCCACUCCAAAAGGGUUCACACUUUGAGGUCAUCAUCAUCGUCAACCCCGAGGGAUACCAGAUCCUUGUGAACAGGAACCCCUUCUGCACCUUUGGCCACAGGAUCCCCCCCGAGCGAGUCCAGGCUGUGCAGGCCAAUGGUGACCUGGAGCUGCAGUCAGUGAACACCAUCGGAGGAGCCAUGAUGGGAGGCGGGGGAAUGCCAGGGCAGCAAUAUCCACAAAUGGGGAUGCAGGGCAUGAUGCCAGGGUACCCGCCUUCCAACCUUCCCGUGAUGAAUGUCCCCGCUUCCUACCACCCGCAAGUGCCAUACCGAGGCAACCUCGCCGGAGGGCUGGGAUCCAAGAGGACCGUCGUGAUGAGAGGAUUCAUUCCACCGAACGCUCAACAAUUCCGGAUCAACUUCAAAGCUGGCCCGGAUACGGUCCUGCACAUCAACCCCCGCAUGAACGAGCGCGCUGUGGUCAGGAACAGCUUCCUGAACGGCCAAUGGGGACGUGAGGAGCGGGAGCUGGCUGUCAACCCCUUCCAAGCCGGGCAAUACUUUGAACUUUCCAUCCGCUGCGGCAACCAGCGCUUCAAGGUGUUUGCCAACGGCCAGCCGCUCUUCAACUACAACCAUCGCUACCAGAACUUCCAGCGUAUCGACACGCUCGAGAUCGAAGGAGAUGUGGAGCUUUCGUACAUUCAGUACUGAGCCAAGAAGGAGGGGAGCAGCCAGCAGCCACCUGCAUUUUCUAUGCAACACACCCCUUCUCUCUCCCUCCUUUGGCUUGAGGAAGAAAGGGAUUUCUAACUGGCAGCUUCAAUAAAGCGUCUUGUUUUG